AUGGGUGUCGAACUCAAAGGAAAUGGCCCGGGGGAGCCGCCUAUGAACCCGGCGAUUGCAGUUCCCUUAUUCGUUGUCGCCGGGCUGAUAGUAACUUUGUUUGUCUGGAAGACGGUUAUUCGCAUCCGACAUCGUCGACGAUCAAAAGCAGCACGACGAGGAGCAGACCAGACCCAGUUGUCCCGUACAAAUGGCUUCAAUGCAGCCCUGAAAAAGCAUCUGCUGUAUGCUCCGAUAUGGGGCAAUCGUCACAGCCGCGAGUUUCGCAUGUUUAGGCUUCAUAUGGGGUCUUUACCCUUACGACUGGAAGUGAUUUGCCUUUUAAUCUAUCUCAGCCUGAACAUAAUAUUCAUUAUUGUGACAGUCGAUUGGUGGGUCAGUGAUUAUACCGAGAAGAUGUUUCAGCUCAAAUACUCCGCGGGCCAUCUGGCAGUCAUGAAUACGCCUGGUUUGGUCCUAGGCGCAGGGCGAAAUAAUCCGCUGGUCCCGUUAUUGGGCAUCUCGUUUGAUACGUUCAAUUUCAUGCAUCGUUGGGUGGGACGAGUCAUCACAGCUAAUGCGGUCAUUCACAUGAGUGCCGUGCUGGCCAGCAAAGCCCACGUCCAUGGCACAGAUUAUAUUCUGUAUACUCUAUGGCAACAGAAGCUCUUUCUAUGUGGUCUUCUGGCCAUCAUUGGAUUCCUUUUCAUUUUUCUUCAAUCGCUGUCGCCGGUCCGACACGCAUUUUACGAACUAUUCCUUCACCUGCACAUAGCCCUAGCCAUAUUCUCCUUCGUGGCGCUCUGGUAUCACCUACAAAAUCUAUUACAACAGCGUGUGCUUCUCGGCACCUUAAUCCUGUGGGGUCUCGAUCGUGCAGGUCGACUUGGAAUACUAAUUUGGAGAAAUCUUAGUUCGAGGCCCACAACUGCCACAGUCGAGAUCCUCCCUGGGUCUGUUGCUCGCGUUGACGUGGCCGUGGCUCGGGCAUGGCGCUUCCGCCCUGGCCAGUAUAUGUACCUCUACAUGCCGUGUUUGGGCCUGUGGACAUCACAUCCCUUCACGGUUGCGUGGUCUUCGACAUCGGACUCGUUGAAUAUGAAAGAAAAACGUGAUUCGGGUGAUUCUUUGAAGGCCCUCAUCGGAGAAUCGCCGACUAUAACCAUGUCCAUUCUGAUCAAGGGCCAAGACGGAUUCACAAAGAAGUUGCUCCAGAAGGCGGGAGACUCGCCCGAGGGACGCAUUCAGGCUAUGGCAUUGGCAGAGGGGCCAUUUGGCGGCAUUCAUUCUCUGACGUCAUAUGGCACUCUGUUGUUGAUAGCUGGAGGAAUUGGCAUCACCCACCCAAUGUCGUAUCUGAACGAGGUUGUUGCCACAUUCACCGAGCAGAAAACAGCUACUCGCAAGGUGCAUCUGAUCUGGAUCAUCCGCAGUCUAGACCAUCUCACUUGGAUUCAAACAUUCAUGACCGACAUACUAGGCCACGAGUCCCUAAUUGGUCCCAUAAACGCGAACGAACACUCAUACUUCCAAUUCCCACGGCUGCUCCUCUCCAUUAACCUUUACAUCACAGCAGAUAAGGACGCGGUUGAGGAAUACAUACCACAGCCGUAUCCGCCGUGGAUACAGUGCGCUCCACCUAGCGUACCGGUUAGCAUCCACUACGGCAAGCCUUGUAUGAAACCUAUGCUAGAAAAAGAAAAAGCAGAGCAAAUCGGUGCGAUGGCGGUCAGUGUCUGCGGUCCUGGUGCUUUAGGCGAUAGUGUGCGGGAGGCAGUCAGAGAUGUACAAGGGGAAAAAACAGUUGACCUGUUUGAAGAGACAUUCUCAUGGUAG